GGAUUCCACCAGCUGGUUUUGGUGUCUCGCUUCCCCUGCAUUCCUAACUCUGCACCCUCAGCUCAGGUGCCCAUGGCCUCCGGAGGCAGCCGACUCAAGCCCCUGAGCAUUCCACUCAACUUGGAGGGAAUCCAACAGAACCAGCGUAUGUGGCUGGUGAAGGUACCAAAGUACCUGUCGCAGCAGUGGUCGGAAGCUUCUGGAAGCGGUGAAGUAGGGAAGCUGAAGAUUGCCACAAAUCAAGGGAAGUCGGAAAUCUCCUUUACUCUGAAUAAGGAACUUACAGACAUUCGGGGUACAAAUGGACAACCGGCCCCUGUCCACGCUCCCAUGGAGCAUCAGUUUCUCUUGCGUUCAGACAGAGGGCAGGUCCUCACGGUGCUUACUGAGCAUGCGCCGGAUCAACUUUUCCUGCAAGGAACCGUGGUCCAUCGUGGCGAAUGCAGACCUGCUCCCAGUGAAAACUACAUGAGGCUGAAGAGGAUGCAAAUAGAGCGGGCUUCCAAACCUGCCAGGACUGUACAGAAACUGGAGAAGGUGGUCACGACCAAUUAUAAACCUGUUGCCAAUCAUCAGUACAAUAUUGAAUAUGAGAAGAGAAAGAAAGAAGCCGGAAAGAGAGUGAAGGCGGAUAAAGACCGAGUGUUAACCUUGCUAUUUGCUGCCUUUGAGAAACACCAGUAUUAUAACAUAAAGGACUUGGUUGGCAUCACUAUGCAACCUGUGGUGUACCUGAAGGAAAUCUUGAAUGAAAUCGGUGUUCGAAAUGUAAAAGGACCCCACAAAAACACUUGGGAGCUGAAGGCAGAGUACCGGUGUUAUCAGAGAGAAGCCAAGAGAGAGUGAGACAGCCCUAUGUCACGAAGAUGUCAAUAGGAGCUUGAAGAUUUUCCAACACAAAAACUGAUGAGGCUCUGCUAUUAGGGGGUAGGGAGGUUUAAUAUCUUUUUAAGUAUUCACAUUUAGAUUGUAAAACAGGGAAGUAAAAUAGGCUGUAAAUUGAGAAAA